AUGUCAGCCUGGGAGGACAUCGCCGCCAAAAAGCGCCAGGAGCUAUCCGACUCCAUCCCGCAAGAAUGGCGCAUUCCCGCAGACAAGCUGCCGCCGGAUACCCAGCUUGACGUAACCAGCUUCCCGGAACAGUCUGGCUGGUUUACCUCUGAGGAGCUCGAAAUUACCAACACUCCUGCUGCGCAAUUGCUCGAGAAGCUCAAGACUCGCCAAUGGACCUCUGAAAAAGUCACCCGCGCUUUUUGCAAGAGGGCCGCAGCUGCCCAUCAGCUGACGAACUGUCUCUCCGAAACCCUCUUCGACCUCGCCAUCUCCACCGCCCGUUCCCGAGACGAGCAUCUCGAGAAGACCGGUCAGCUCGUCGGUCCCUUCCACGGCCUCCCCAUAUCCAUCAAGGACAACUUCCACGUCGUCGGCAAGGAUGCCACCCUCGGCUUCGCGUCGCUGGUCGGCAAGCCCGCCGCCUACAACAGCACCCUCGUCGACAUGCUGCUCGCCGCUGGCGCCGUGCUGUACGUCAAGACGAACGUGCCGACCGCCAUGAUGAUCGCCGAGUCGGUCAACAACGUCUUCGGCCGCACCACGAACCCGCGCAACCGCGCCCUGACCCCGGGCGGCAGCAGCGGAGGCGAGAGCGCCCUGAUCGUCCUCGGCGGCAGUCCGCUGGGCGUCGGCAGCGACAUUGGCGGCUCUCUGCGCAUCCCCGCUGCCUGCACCGGCAUCUGGACGCUGAGGCCUAGCUUGGGCAGGUUCCCGACCCUGAAAACCCAGUCUGGCCUGGCCGGCCAGGAAGCAGUGGCUAGCGUCAAUGGCCCGCUUGCGCCGUCGUUGGAGAGUGUGUUGCUGUACUCGAAGACGGUCGUGGGCCUCCAGCCGUGGUUGCAAGACCCGAAGUGUGUGCCCAUUCCAUGGCGUGAGGUUGAGGUUCCGAAGAAACUGAAGUUGGCUGUCUUGUGGCAUGACGAUGUUGUCAUGCCGACGCCACCUGUGAAGAGGGCGUUGAAAGAGACUGUAGAAAAACUCAAGAAGGCGGGGCAUGAAAUAAUCGAGUGGGAAAGUCAGGGAAUGCACGCACAAGCGGGAAGCUUGAUUCAACGCAUGUUCCUCGCAGACGGUGGAAAAUCCGUCCGCAAGCUCCUAGGUUCGACCAACGAACCUUUCCGCCCUGAAAUGGCUGCAUACGAGACAGCGACGGAAACUGGUGUCUACGACAUGUGGCAGAUCCAUCUUGAGCGGACGGACCUGCAGAAGCGCUAUCUCGACCGUUGGAACGCUGCGGACCUUGACGGUAUCAUCUGCCCAACAGCGCCGUAUGCCACGGUCGAGCACAGCAAGUUCAAGUACGUGGGAUAUACGUGCGUGUACAACUGCAUGGACUAUGCUGCUGUGUCGUUUCCGACCGGCAUGGCCGUCGACAAGGCGGUGGAUGGGCUGUCGCCAGAGGAGAAGUCCCGCGAACCUUUUAGCGAAUUCGAUAAGGUCACUAGAGAGGAUUAUGAUGCAGAAGCGGUGCAUGGCCAGCCAAUCAGCCUACAGAUCGUGGCGAGAAGGUUAGAAGAAGAGAAAGUGCUCGGUAUGGCCGGCAGAAUAUUGGAAGCUCUGUAA